AAGAUCUCUCUCAGGCUUCACCAGAGCUGUGAUUUGAGCCCUCCGACAUCUGCGGGAGUCCACUCUCUCGCCCCACCUCCCUCCGAGAGAAGCACAUUAGCGUUUCGCUCCAACUUUUAUUUGUGAUUGUCCGCAUUUUUGAGAGUCUGCACACCUUGACAGGAGAUAUUUUAAUCGCCGCAGAGCUAUGCAGAAAAUGUCUCUGGCUCACAAGCAGACCUGUGUUCGUGUGGAAGGUAAAGGUGUGCAGAUGCAGCGGGACGUGCAGUGCUGCAUGCUGUACUCCCAGGGCAAGGUGCGCACCAAGGACGUGCUGCGCUUCGAGGUGCAGACGGAAGGACCAGACUGCAGCAUACAAGCCAUCAUCCUUUACACCAAAAAGGCGGUGAAGUGUGCCGACCCCCGGGACCGUAAAGUGAAGAGGUUGCUGAGAAAGCUGUUGCAGAGACAGAGAACCAAGGCCCAUCGAACAAUGUGGCUUCUUCCUCACGACAACCUGCCCGUCAUGACUGAGGAGAGAAAAGACAACUGGGCCAUUCUUAACACGGAGUGAUUGCAAAACUGUCAAAUAUGGAGGACAAGAAAUAGUCAUAGGCCAAGUAAACUCUCUUAAAAGCAGAGUUAGUGGACUUCUCCGGAUGUCUCGUGUCUCUACUAUAUAACAAACUAUCUGUCUCCAGUGGACCAGACCUGGGCAGCAAUAUCUAUUUAACCCUUGUAUUAUGUUGGGAAAAAAUGACAUUGAAUAUGUUGCGGGUCGUUUUGACCCGUAGUGUGUAAAUGCACUCAAAACAGUCAAGAAAACACGUUAAACCGAUAACAAUUUUAUUUUAGGUUGUAUAAACAUUUAGAAAAGUGACAUACAAUACAUUUUUUAUUCCAAUUGUAUUAUGUUAAGGGUCAAUUUGACCCAUUUCAGUUUUUGUGUUGAUCAAAGUACUGGUUAUCCUUUCUUUUUUCUUGCUGAAAUCUGGUGACUUUUCCUCAUCUAGGGUCAUGAACAGGUGUGUAAAUCUGGACACUUUGUUGUGUAGUGGAAUGUUUGUGCAGAGUUUGUAUAAAAAGAUGAUGUUGCGGGUCAUUUUGACCCAGGCGGUUUAAUGUGGGUAAAUAGCUGU